CUCCACUCUCAGUGCUGCUUCACUGAAUGUGACUCAUCAUGCAUCUGCUGCGAAACAUCCUGUUUCUGCUCAGCAUCAGUCUAUUUCAAAUCUGUGCCAUAAAGGCAUUGGUUAACGUGAACUCUGAGGAGACUGAUAACAUCAAUGACCCUGAUUAUUUCUCUGUAUCUUCUAUCAUUGAAAGAGCCAACAAGAAUGCUGGAAAGCUGAAGGAUGGUUUGAUCAUUACACAUGGUGACAUAGCGGCAUACCCUGGGCUCCAGAAUGCAGAUCCAUGUACUUCUCGUGGGUGCAAGUGGCCUAGGGUCAAGAAUGGGAAGGUUAAAGUGCCCUAUGUCAUUUCCAGGCAGUAUGCAUUCUCUGAAAGAUGUGCUAUCAAGCGUGCGAUGAGAUCCUUCCAAAAGUCAACCUGUGUCCGGUUUGUACGUCGCACCAACGAAGAAGACUACAUACAUAUACUCUCAGACCAGGGGUGCUACUCUUAUGUGGGUCGUACAGGUGGAAGGCAGGUUCUUUCCCUACAACGCAACGGCUGUGUUUACCAUAACAUCAUCCAGCAUGAACUUCUGCAUGCUCUGGGCUUUCAUCAUGAGCAAAAUCGUAGGGACCGUGACGAUCAUGUCAGAAUCCUCCUCCAAAAUGUUAUUUCUGGAAAAGAGCACAAUUUUGAUAAGAUCAAAACCAACAAUUUGAAAACACCCUAUGACUACAAUUCCGUCAUGCAGUAUUCAAGGUAUGCUUUCUCCAAGAACAGGCGACCAACCAUCCUCCCUAUUCCAAACAAAAAUGUUUCCAUUGGACAUGCCACUAGAAUGAGCUGCAAUGAUAUUCUACGCGUUAACAGACUCUACUGUCGUUGAAGGAGUCACUUUUAACAUCACCAGUAAAAAAAAAAGUUUGAAAAGGUUCUGCUCUUGAUGUAAUCUGAUGGGGUUUUACCCUCAAAUUUCAGAUAUUAGAAAGGAUUUUGCUUAAGCAGCUUCCUGGGUACACUUUGCUUAGAGUUUAUUGCAACUUUUGAUAGUUUCUCUGUUCUGCUAUUAUGGGUUCAUUUUAAGUAUUUACCAGUAGUGUUCAGUUUGAGAUCCAUUAAAUGAUGAUAAUAGUGACAUUUCAUUAAAAGGAGCUCAUCAGUCAUUUAACCUUGUUGUGCAUAAAAUCACUAAACAUUUAACUUUUUGAUUUGGAAACCAGAGAGACUAUGAUGUUUUGUCUUUGACAGGCCAUCUAGGUCUAGAGAAAUGUAUAGUUUCCUUAUUGCAGUACCAUGAAUUCUGAUUGGUUAAACACAAAAUAGUAUCAUAUAGUAUAGUACCAGUGCUUUAGGUUUUGUUAACAAAACCCAGCUGCCCACUAGUCUUAUUUCAUGAAAGCAAUGAUCAUCUUCUAUUCAUCUUAACAUCCACAUACACCUUCUUACACACACUCUUACACUCUUGUGGUGCCUCUUACAUCACAUUUUUCCUAUUUCUAACAUUUCUUCUACUAGGUUUUCUAACCAUUAAUGUAGCUUUGUUUCUUAUACUUGUUAUAUGUGAAUUGCAGAAAUAAAAAAAAUUCCCCACACAUCAAGAAACAUUCUUUUUUUUAGCCACUUAUGUCUCAAAUACUACUUAAUUAACAUAAUAAAAUGUUCAAAUGUCAAAUGAAACCUAAAUGAUAAACGUCUAUAAACAAAUUAUAUACACAGUGGCUGCUAUUUUUCUUAUAAAUUUCCUUCCACUAUUA